AUGUUCUCUGGUGAGGAUAUUGAGAACUUUGUCAAGUAUGUCAAUCGGUCCCUAGACGAAGAGGAAGACUUCCACUUUCUCCGGUUCGAGUUCCUCCAGCGACUCAACCUCACUCAAUUCCAAGCGAGGCUGGUGCGGUUGAAGAGCCGAAUCCAAAAGGAGGGGAAAGCUUCAAGGAGGGAGCUAAAAAUGCUACAAUCUACAAUGUCGGCGUACGCAACGGCCAUCCGCGACUAUCGGUGCCUCAGAUUGCAGAAGAGCCUCGGCAUUUCCGAGACCAAGAGACGCAAGCUCCUCCUGCAGCGCUUCUUCCAGUCCGAGAGCGACUUCAACGAUCCCUUCCAGUCACACUAUGCAUUCUUCAAAGACGACAACAAGAAGAUCGACCCUCUGCGCCGUGCAUUCAUGACCUCGCUGCCGGCACGCCUUGCAUAUUCGGAUGAGGAGAGAAGACAGCGUAGCAGGGAAUACGCCGAGGGCAAAUACCCUCUUCGGGUCUCACAGUUCAUGGACAGGCUUUUACGCUUCACCGUCGCUCUUGCCGGUGGUGUGUUCCUCAUCAUGCCAAUGAUUAUCACGAUGCUCAACCCGUCGCAGAUGAAGAGCCUGGUGACGGCUUCCGUCGCGGUUGUGUUCUUUGCGGUCGUCUUGUCCUUUGCUGUCCGGGCUUCGAACGCCGAGACUCUGAUCUGGACGGCGACGUAUGCGGCUGUUCUUGUUGUAUUUGUCGGCACCAGCGCCGGUGCGAGUUCCAAUUAG